AUGAUCUUCAAACUCACCUAUCCAAUCGUCCUUCUCCUAUCUUUCUAUAUCACUGGGUUCCAAGCUACCAAAACCGAGAUGACUCUUCCAGCUGAUCCAUCACCCGAAUUGAUUCGAUUUUAUAAUAUCAGUAAAGUAGCUACUGUUGAUAGAGAAACCAAAACUGGAAGUCUAUCAUGGGGAGCAUCUAAACUACCCUUCGGUAGUGGAGCAGGAGCGGGUAUAAAUUGGCAUCCAAGUUUUAUUGGUGGGGGUUUCAAUGCUGGUAGUGAAAAAGAUGGAACUGCUGCUAUUGGUGGAGGUUGGUCAAUCGAAGAUCAUCAAAUUACUAUAGGUUUUGGAUUAAAAUGGGAAGGUCAAAAUCUUGAUGUCUCUAUCAAUGGUCUCAAAGGAGGAAAAUUAGUAGUUAAAGUCGAUGGUAAAACAAUUGACAUCUCUUCAUAA